UUCAAACACAACCCAAAACCUCAACUCUUCCCUAACCAAAAAAAAAAAAAAAAAAAUGGCCCAAAAGAUCCACAAAUCAGCCCUCCUAAUCUCAUCCCUUCUCCUCCUCUUCCUAACCUUACCACAACCCUCCACUUCAGAAUCCUACGCCACAAGGAUAUCACUCCUUCAGUUCAUGGAAUCCCUCUCGGAGACAUUCCCGCCCCACUCCAACUGGGGCUGGAACGACACCUCGGACCCCUGCAGGGAUUGGGCAGGGGUCCUGUGCGACUCGGAUGGCCGAGUCGUGGUCGUGGGCUUGCCCAAGCUCGACCUCGCGGGAACUCUGGACUUCAAACCCCUGUGCAGGAUCCAGUCGCUCAGGAGACUGGACCUCACAAACAACGGAAUCUCCGGGCCGAUUCCUUCCGAGGUGGCCAACUGCACCAGCCUGACCCACCUGAUGCUCGGAGGAAACUGGCUCCAAGGCCUCCUCCCCGGUUCGAUCUCCUCUUUAACCAACCUGGAGUGGGUCGAUGUCUCGGAUAACCGGCUCGUCGGGCCAAUUCCGAGUGGGUUCGGGACAAUGUCGAACGUUACUGCAUUUUUUGCACAGAACAAUCAGAUUAGCGGGAAGAUACCUGGAGAGAUGAGCUUCACCAGCUUGAGGGAGUUCAAUGUGUCGAGGAAUCAGUUGGCGGGAACGAUUCCUCGAGGUUUUUACAAUUUCCCUGCGUCGGGUUUCGAAGGAAACCGUGGAUUGUGCGGGGAGCCAUUGCCGAUCGCUUGUCCUCCCUCUCCCGCUGCUGCCCCUGCAAUUAGGGACGGAUGGUGAUCUGUACUGCUGUGCGGGCAGCCAUUGCCGAUCGGCUGGAUUCUGUUUCUUACGCGCUGUUAAGAGUUUUGUUGUUGUACCUUUUCGCUUUGAGUUCUGAUUUCUAGAUCAUUAAGGUUCGUGUUUGAAUGAAUUAAUUACUUGUUUACUAAGAAAUGGAUGAUGUAACU